AUAAAUUUAGUUGAAUGACAGAUAAACUUUAGUCAAUAGGUAAUAUCAUUUAAGAUAAUUGUAGUGAACAGAGAAGAACAACUUGUAAAUACAGAUAAUAGAGCUGAAUUUUCACUCGGUAAAUUUACACCAAUUGAACUAGCUUGGGAUAAACUUAUUAUAAAUGCUACAAUAAAAGUGGGAAAGGUAGCGUUAAUAUAUUAAUAUAGAAUACAACAGAAAAAUGUUUACUUAAUAAUCUUAAAGGAGUAAUGAAACCUGCACAUUUUACUGCAAUUUUAGGUCCAUCUGGAUCAGGAAAAACUACAUUACUAAACUUUUUAUCAGGACGUUUAAUAUCUGAUAAUUUAAAAAUAUCAGGAGAACUAUCAUUAAAUGGGAAAAGAAUAGAUGAUAUUGAUAAAUUUAAUGAUUAAAUGGCUUAUGUUAUGUAAGAUGAUAUCUUAUUAGCCACAUUUUCACCAAGAGGUAUUAAAUAGAGAAAUUAUAAUAGAGGCAUUUUAUUUUUCAGCUAAUAUGAGAUUGACAAUCAGUCCAGAAGAAAAAGCUUAAAGAGUUGAAUCUUUAAUAAGAGAAUUAGGAAUAACAAAAUGUGCAGAUACUAGAGUAGGAAAUACAUAAAUUAGAGGUGUAUCAGGAGGUGAAAGAAAGAGGGCAAGUAUAGGAGUGGAAUUAUUAACAAAUCCAAGUCUUAUAUUUUUAGAUGAACCAACUACUGGUUUGGAUUCAUCUACUGCAUUAUAAGUAAUAGAUCUAUUGAAGAGAUUGGCAAAAAAUGGUCGAACUAUUGUUAGUACUAUACAUUAACCAUCAUCUGAAAUUUUUAAUAAUUUUGAUAGACUAAUGUUAUUAGUUAGAGGAAAUAUUAUAUAUUAAGGAGAUGCAGAAUAAGCUAUUAAUUAUUUUGCUAAUAUGGGUUAUUCAUGUCCUAACUUUUCAAAUCCUUCUGAUUAUUUUAUGAAGUUAAUGAAUGAAGAAGGACUUUUAGUAGAAAAAAUAUAAGCAGGAGAAUCUGAAGAUUUUGAUGAAGCUCAAAUUAAAUAAGAAUUUGAAUAAAGAUUAGAAGGAUUUAUUAAUAAUUACAAAAAUUCUAAUAUGAUUAAAGAUUUAGAAACCAAUGAAACUGCGUUAAUUAAAGAAAAUGAUCUAGGAUUUCAUAUUGGAUUUAUUUAAUAAUUUGUACUUAUUUAUUAAAGAUCAUUUUUAAAUGAAAUUAGAAAUCCUAUGGAUGUUAAAUUGAAAAUAUUUUAAUCUAUUGUAAAUGCUAUUAUGUUAAUGCUUGUUUAUUCAGAUGUAAAUUUAUAUUCUAUAUUAUUAGUUAGGUAAAUAUAACGAAGGAUUAUAAAAUAGAUUUGGAGCUUUAUUUUUUAUUUGUACAGCAAAUGCAUUUGGAGGAAUUUAAGGUGCUUUACACACCUUUUCUAUGGAAAGACCUUUAUUUUUAAGAGAAAGAAUUAAUAAAACUUACAGUGUUCAUUCUUUCUUUUGGGCUAGAUCAUUAGCUGAAUUUCCAUUUUAAAUAAUAUAUCCUUCUCUUUGUGUUAUUAUUGUUUAUUAUGUUAUUGGAUUGAGUGAUGAAAAUGUAGGUAAAUUCUUUAUGCUCAUUUUCGUUUAAUUCUUAACUUAUCAAUAUGCUGUAUCAUAUGGAUUACUUUUAUCAACUGUUAUUCCUAAAAUUGAAGUAGCAACUGCAUUAGUUCCAGCCUUAGUUAUUCCAUUCAUGAUUUUAGGAGGAUUCUUUGUCAAUUAAGAUAAUAUUCCUUAUAUAUUCUAUCCUUUCACUUAUUUAUCAAUGUUUAAAUAUGGAUUUGAAGCAGCUGUCAUUGUAAUUAUUUUCAAUUUAUUUUUAGAAUGAAUUUGAUGAUGUUGAUUAUGAAUGUAUGCCAGACUAGUUAUGCAAUCCAGUUAAGAUGUUAUCAAUUAAUUUGACUAAAUGGGAAUGCUGUUAUAUUUUAAUAGGAUUAGCUGUAGGAAUCAGAAUGUUAGCCUAUUUAGCACUUCAUUUAAUAUCCAGUCCAGAAAAACCAAAAUUAUAAUCACCUGAAAACAUGCAAAUAAAUAACAAAUCUAAAUGACUUUUUGUUUAUUAUUAUAUUAUUAAUUCUAAGAUAAUUAAAA